AUGGGCAAAAGGAUUCCCUCUUGUAAACACAGGCGAGCUGUUGAGAAACCGUCAAUACUGUUUCCUCCAUCCGAUCAGCCCACGGACGAGGUGCGCCAGUUUCCAACUGACACAGGACACACCAACUCGCAAACUUCGUCCACAGGGAUCCCCAGAGCUGCUGACCAGAGUAACCCGCAUACACGAUUGGAUCCAACAGAAAAUUUAGAAGAAUUCGUACUUCAGCCAGCCCCAAAAGGUACCACCGUUCGUUGCCGCAUCACUCGUGACAAACGUGGAGUGGACCCGGGGAUUUUUCCCACCUACUAUGUGCAUAUGGAACAGGAAGAUCGUAAAUACUUCCUGCUCGCUGCCCGCCGCCGCAAACGAUCCGCUACGAGCAAUUACAUCAUCUCUUGUGAUGCCACUGAUUUAUCACGAAGCGCCGCCAGUUUCGCCGGCAAGCUCCUAUCCAAUUUCGUGGGCACUCAGUUUGUCCUCUAUGGGGGUGGUGAGCGAGCCAACAGACGUCAUGAUGUACCGUCCUCUGGGCUACGUGCGCGUGCCAGCCUUCGAUCUACCGGGAGCAGUUGUGAAUUGACCGAGGAUGAGGAUGCACAGGAUGACUCCAAAGAGUUGGCUGCAAUCAUUUACCCUGAAAACCAUGGUGUAUUUGGAAAAGAGGUGGAGGGGAAUAUAUUAAAUAUUGGGGGGGGGGGGGGGGGGGUGGGGGGGGGGGGGGGGGGGGGGUGGGGGGGGGGGGGGGGGGGGGGGGGGGGGGGGGGGGGGGGGGGGGGGGGGGGGGGGGGGGGGGGGGGGGGGGGGGGGGGGGGGGUGUUCAUUGCAGGACGGUCGCCUCAAGCUUUCAGGAGUCACCAACACUGCAUAUUCCAUGUGUAG